ACGCGCAUGCGUUGCGUUGGGUUCUGCGUGAUAAGACGGAGCCGCUGCGGCAAGUCUGGCGCAGAAGAAGGGAGGCAGCUGGAGAUGUCAGACGCUACCUUCUGAGGAGCGACUCGUAACGCGAUGGAGCGAGGAAGGGAUCGCUUACACCUGAGAAGAACUACUGAACAGCACGUGCCAGAGGUGGAAGUCCAGGUCAAGCGUAGACGGACAGCCUCACUGAGCAAUCAGGAGUGCCACCUGUACCCACGUCGCGCUCAGCAGCAGCAGCAGGUUCCUGUGGUGGAUUUCCAGGCAGAACUGAGACAGGCUUUCUUAGCGGAGACACCAAGAGGUGGUUAAAGCAGUAUUGAGACAUCACGGAGGUGGAGGUCAAGGAAAACAGGAAUCUUUAAAAACACCAGUCAAGCUUACAUUGUGUCGAAGCAAACCUGCAUCACACCUUUAUUUAUAGCCCUCCCCAAAGUAUUAAAGAUCUUGAAAUUUUACUAUUGAAGUGUCUAUUGUGGAACAGCAAUCAUG